AUGAGGCACGUUAUUUUUGCCCUAACUCUGGGCUUUGCUGCUUUUCUGCACCAGGCCAAUGCUCAAGAGACCCCAUGUCCUCUACUAGGAGCCAUCUUCCCGCCCGUCCAGCAUCCGCUCCAGUCCAGUGCGUUCUCUGAUUCUAUUGCUCUGCUCAACGCUACCUUCAACGAGCUUGACCGUAAUGGCACUCUUGAAGGGUUCAACACUACAUUCUACGUCCAGGCCUUUUCCGCCUCGGACACCCUUUUCCAGCAUGGAUACGUCCCUCCCUCUAUGAAGAACUCCUUGACUUCAGGGACACUCAACAACGAUACCGUGUUCCGCGUGGGUAGUGUCUCGAAGCUUCUUACUGUCUAUACACUGCUCGUCGAGGUUGGGAUGAAACACAUGAACGAUCCGGUAACGAAGUGGGUGCCUGAACUCGCUCUUGCGUCCAGGAAGAACAAGGGUGAUCACACCCGCAAGGUGCAGUGGGAUGAGGUUACUAUUGGGCAGCUUUCCGGACAUAUGGCUGGUAUCAGCCGAAACUUCGGGUUCUUCGAUAUGAGUUCCGUUAUCGAAUCAACUCACCAGAAUCCCGAGUUGUAUGGUCUCCCGAUCCUCAGUAAGAAAGAAAAACCACAGUGUAGUGUCUCAGACCCAUCUCUGAAGCCUUGCUCCCGCAAUGAGUUCUUCCAGGGCAUCACGGCACAGAGUUUCUUCCCCAUCACAUCAACUGCCAACACCCCGGUUUACUCUAACGUCGCGUACCAAAUACUUGCUUAUGCUCUCGAGGGCAUGACGAGAAAGCCAUUCCACAAGUCUUUUGAAUCCUCCCUGCUCGACCCUCUAGCAAUGAAACGAACAGGUCUCGAGGCGCCCAAGAGCAAAGAAAACGCCAUGAUCCCCGAUAAUGAGCAGCUCUCAUGGUGGAACAUCACCACAGCAGAUGGCAGCCCCUAUGGCGGCAUGUUUUCUACUGCUGCAGACCUUACACGCAUGGGUCAAUCCAUCCUCAGCUCUUCUAUACUCAGCCCCUCCGAAACCCGCUCUUGGUUGAAGCCCAUUACCCAUACCGCGGACACUCACAUGUCUGUUGGUAUGCCUUGGGAGAUCCGGCGCACGUACAUGCCCCUCGGCCGCAGCGGCAGCCGGAUCGUUGAUCUUUACACAAAGAACGGCGCCAUUGGCCUUUACACUGCGAUUAUUGUCCUUUCGCCCGACCACGAGGUUGGUUUCGUGGCGCUCAUCGCAGGAACUAACCGUGCCUACUUGCUAAGCUAUCUUCCUGACCUCCUCGCGCAGACACUACUGCCAGCCGCCGAAAACACGGCCCGCGAUACCGCCGUUACGCGGUUUGCUGGCACUUUCGAGGGCCCCAAGAGUCGACUUACUGUUACCAUGAGCGAUACUCUCUUGGUAAGGAAGUGGACUCGCGCUGGCGUUGACGUGCUAGCCAUGCUGGCCGCGCUUACAUGGCCAGGGCUGGACUUGAUACCAGUGCUAAGGCUAUAUCCAAUGGGUUUGGAAGGAAUCAAGAGAGUCUCUUUCAGGGGUGUCUUUGAAGCUCACCUUGCCGAUGAAUCACCAUCAGAGGCUGAGACAAACACGACAGAGGCAAGUGUUGGCCCUUUUAGUGGCGGUUGCCUGUCGUGGGGAGGAGUUGACUCGUUGACAUAUGGCAACAUUGGGGUUGAUGAUUUCGAAUUUGAGAUUGAUGAUAAUGGGAAAGCAAUUGGCCUUACACCAAGAGUUAUGAGGGAAACUCUGAAGAGGGUUGAUUGA